CUCGUUUUGCCACCCCCAACCCAAAUAUUCCUUCCCAUUCUCUCGCCCCCAAGCUGUCCUGCCUGUCCUGCAGGAGCAAUACCUGCAGCUGCAGGCCACACCACCACCAACCACGCCAGUACGCCACGCACUGCCUUUCACCAUAUAGCUAGCCAUCACUGCCCCCCCAAAGGCUUGUUGGGAGCUUACAACGCAAGCGCGUGCUAAUUUCUCUCCUUUCAGCAGCGCUCUUGUAGAUCGAGAGGGAAGAACAGAGGAGGCAAUGGCGACUUCAUUCCAGGGGACGACCACCAAGUGCAACGCCUGCGAUAAGACCGUGUACCUUGUCGACAAGCUCACCGCCGACAACCGGGUCUACCACAAGGCCUGCUUCAGGUGCCACCAUUGCAAGGGCACCCUCAAGCUUGCGAAUUACAACUCGUUUGAAGGAGUGCUCUACUGCAGACCUCACUUUGAUCAGCUCUUCAAGAGGACUGGAAGCUUGGACAAGAGCUUCGAAGGAACUCCAAAGGUUGUCAAACCAGAAAGGAAUGUUGAAAAUGAGAAUGCUAUUAAAGUCUCGAGCGCAUUUGCUGGCACCAGAGAGAAAUGUGUUGGAUGCAACAAGACAGUCUAUCCAAUUGAGAGGGUUACUGUCAAUAACACUAUGUACCACAAGAGCUGCUUCAAGUGCUGCCAUGGAGGAUGCACCAUCAGCCCUUCAAAUUACAUCGCGCACGAGGGGAAGCUCUUCUGCAAGCACCAUCAUAUCCAGCUGAUCAAAGAAAAGGGUAAUUUCAGCCAGCUCGAGAAUGACAGCGAGAAGACAUCACAAAGUGCUGGGUCAGUGGACGAUGAAGAAUCAGAUUAUUAACCGUCGAGAAUAUCAGAAAUACCCUGCCCUCUUCAUGAGGUUCGUCAAUAAAAGAAUAUCCAGAGAUGAAUCAUGAGUCUUCUUGCAUUUGCUCCAGAGCAGUAUAUCUUUCUGUGGCGCUGUUCUUUUCGAUUAUUUUUUUUCAAACGGAGAUCGUUUGCAUUCAGAGAACAAUGAUAUUAUUGUCUUGUAAGCAUGUAAACCUUGUUGUAUUUCGAGUCAAAAUAUCUCUGGCUGGUUUGAACCACUUGAUCAUUACUUGCAA